AUGGGAUGCCACGCUAGCAAGACCACCCAGGUGGCGGGGGAGCCCCAGACACCCGGAGAACAGCCCUCAGGAGAGGAGCCCAGACUGGAGGCCGGCCCCGAGGCCGUGGAUGGCAAAGACAUCCCAGUGAAGGAUGGCGCCCCCGAGCCUCAGAGCUGA